AUGAGUGUCUGGACUUGUCCGCGCGCUCACUGGACCCUGCUCUGCCUCUUUCUGCUUUUGUGUUUAGGCACAGUGUGGACUUUCGAUGUGAUACUGCUGCACACCAACGACAACCACGCACGGAUCGAGGAGACCGGCGAGGACUCGGGGAAAUGUCGACCCGGGGGUCCCUGCUUCGCUGGAGUCGCCAGGCGGUUCACAAAAGUGUCGGAGAUCCGGAAAAAAGAGGAGAACGUGUUGUUUCUGGAUGCUGGAGACCAGUUUCAGGGAACUGUCUGGUUCAACUACUACAAAGGCGCCGAGGCAGCGUACUUCAUGAACAAACUUGGUUAUGAUGUUAUGGCGUUUGGAAACCAUGAGUUUGACAAUGGAGUGGAUGGUCUGAUCCAGCCCUUCCUCCAGCAAGUAAAUUGCUCUGUGGUGAGUGCCAACAUAAAACCUGACCAGACUCUGGCCGCAAAACUCAGUGGAUACUACCAGCCCUACACAGUCAUCAAUGUGGGUUCAGAGAAAGUGGCUGUGGUCGGCUACACCACCGCAGAGACCCCUUUCUUAUCCAUGCCAGGCCAACACCUGAAGUUUGAGGAUGAGGUGGAGUCACUUCAAGUUCAGGUCGAUAAGCUCCAAACCCUGGGCUAUAAUAAAAUCAUUGCCCUCGGCCACUCUGGCUUUGAUAUAGAUCGAGACAUCGCCAAGCGAGUGAGAGGAGUUGAUGUUGUUAUUGGAGGACACACCAACACAUUCCUCUAUACCGGAAAACCCCCAUCCACUGAAGUCCCAGCAGGUCCAUACCCCUUUAUGGUGAGGUCUAACGAUGGGAGAAACGUGCCGGUGGUCCAGGGCUAUGCCUUUGGGAAAUACCUUGGAUACCUGAAAGUUACUUUUGAUGAGGCUGGGAAUGUGGUAAAAGCUGCUGGAAACCCCAUCUUAAUGGACAGCAGCAUACCUCAAGACCCAGAUGUCCUUGCUGAUGUUGCGAAGUGGAAGAAAGAUUUGGCUAAGUACUCCUCACAGUAUGUUGGGAAGACCUUAGUCUACCUCAAUGGGUCAUUUGAGGAGUGCCGAUUUCGGGAGUGUAACCUUGGAAACCUGAUCUGUGAUGCCAUGAUUUAUAACAACAUAAAGGAUUCAAAUGAGCAGCAGUGGAAUCACGUUGGCAUAUGUAUGCUGAAUAGUGGGGCCAUACGGACAGCUAUAGACGAACGCUACAAAAACGGAACCAUAACUAUGGAGGAGAUCCUCACUGUUUUACCAUUUGGAGCAACCUUUGACUUGGUUCAGAUAAAAGGAUCCACAGUGAAAAAGGCAUUUGAGCACUCCAUUCACAGAUAUGGACGCAUGUCAGGAGAAUUUCUUCAAGUCUCAGGCAUUCAUGUAGAGUAUGAUCUCUCCAGACCAGUGAACCAGCGUGUAGUGUCCAUGUCCCUGCUCUGCACCGAGUGCCGUGUGCCCAAGUAUGAACCGUUAGACCUAGAGAAGACAUACACUGUGGUCAUGCCUUCAUACAUUGUGGGCGGAGGUGACAACUUUACCAUGAUCAAAGAGGAGUUGCUAAAACAUAACACAGGUGAUAUGGAUAUUUCUGUUUUCUCCAAAUACAUCUCGGACAUGAAGCGUGUGUACCCUGCAGUGGAGGGCCGGAUCACGUUCAGGAACUCAGCCUUCGUUACAACCUACUGCUUCGGAUUGUUGUUGCUUGGUUUAUGUCUGUCCCUGACUCUAUGAUUGGCUUGGCUUUGUACACUCUGGGAAACUGUGAUAAACUGUAGGGCAAGUUUUGCUACUUGGAAACCCCUCUGGGACUUUAACUGCCUUUCCAUCUCACUGCUGUCAAGGGUAACUAAAAGACAACACAAAUACAGGUUAAGCCUCAGGGUAGAUUCAAUAACCAGACAGGAACAUACUUUAUCAUACAUACAAAUGAGUUAAACAACUGAUUAAAAGGAUUGGGGACAGUCCUGUAUACUAAGAUCUUGCACACAAGCAUGAUGAACAAGUUGAAUAUGAAAAAAAGCAAAGAUGUAUAGGACAUUAACAAAUAUUAUAAGUGCAUGUAAUACAAUUUUAGUAACAUCUGUACAAGUAUGAAUGUCAUUUCUCUCAUAAAUUUUAAGAAACAAAGAGUGCUUUAUGUCUAAAAUCCAAGACAAUGCUUCGCUAAAAGGAUAUCAAAGAGUGAAAGGACUGCAAGGCACUGUCCAUCUUCUUAGUGAGAUAAUGAACAAAGGGAAAGCUGUCUGGCUGCUAUAAUUCUCUCUCAGGAUUGGUCACAACUUAUUCAGAGAAGGAACAGAGAACUGUGACCUAAUAUUUUUAAAGAAUUGUAUUACUAUGGCUAUUUCAGUGUGUAUGUGAAGUUACAGACACAAUUGUAUUGCUACAGCAAAAAUAUUACUGCCUUUGUUUACCUCAAAGCCAUAUUUAUAAAGUACUUUUGGAAGAUUGUUAUUGUAAAGUUAAAAUACUUUUUGGGGGUAGAGAUAAAUAAAUGUCAUAAAUUCAUCAAAAUAAGUCAUGAAUUUUGACAUUGUGACAUACAAUACCUUUCUAAACCAAUAGACCUGCAGUUAAUGAUUAUUUCUUUAUUUAUUUAGCCAAGUUUCA